AGUUGAAGGAGCCGGAAAGGAAACAGUCGAAGAAGCUGCAGGAGUUGGAAAGGAAGCUGAGGAAGCCGAGGAAGCCGAAGGAGCUAAAGGAACUGAACAAGUUGAGGGAGCCGAAGAAGGUGUAGCAGCUGAAAAAGAUAAAGAAGAAGCUGAAGGAGUUGAAGGAGCCGGAAAGGAAAUAGUCGAAGGAGCUGCAGGAGUCAGAAAGGAAGCUGAGGAAGCCGAAGGAGCUAAAGGAACUGAACAAGUUGAAGGUGUCGAAGAAGGUGCGGCAGCAGGAGUUGAAGGAGCCUUAAAGGAAACAGUCGAAGAAGCUGCAGGAGUCAGAAAGGAAGCUGAGGAUGCCGAAGGAGCUGAAGGAACUGAACAAGUUAAAGGUGUCGAAGAAGGCGUAGCAGCUGGAAAAGAAAGAGAAGAAGCUGAAGGAGUUGAAGGAGCCGGAAAGGAAACAGUCGAAGAAGCUGCAGGAGUCAGAAAGGAAGCUGAGGAAGCCGAAGGAGCUAAAGGAACUGAACAAAUUGAAGAUGUCGAAGAAGGCGUAGCAGCUGGAAAGGAAAGAGAAGAAGCUGAAGGAGCUCUAGGUGUCGGGAAAGGUAGAGAAGAAGCUGAACGAUAUAAAGGAUCUGGAGAAGAAGCCGAAAAAGUUGUUGGAACCGGAAAGGAAUCCAGUUCUAAUGGAGCUUCAGAAAUUGGUAGCAGAACAGCUUUCAAUGUAGGGGAAAGGAGUACCGAAUUUGUUAAAGAAGUUAGACAAGGAUGGCGAGAUGCAUUGGAAACGUUGCGUGAGCAGCUACGGGAUUUUGAAGACAAUAUAGAACUAUUCGUUGAGCAAAGUGAGAAGACUGCAAAUUCUAAAAGGGAAGAAAACCGAAAAAGCAGAGAGUACUCUAUUACGAACUUGCGUGGCAGUGAACAUAAAUUCAGGCGCGGCAAAGUAGAAAAGCUGUCUUCUUGGUAUGUUAAUAAUAGUAGAAAAAGUCAUGAAUUGAAAUACGAAGCGACUUCGAACAAAAUGAAAUUCAAUAAGAAAACUGUAGAAAACAGUUGGCAGAAACAUACAUUCGGAAAAGCAAUGAAUCCUUUGGAAAAGCGAAGGAAAAUGCUGGAAAUACAAAGGCUCGGGGGACCUAUGAAAGCAAUAAAUGGAACUUAUGUUGAAGAAGGAAAGGAGAUGAAAUCAAACAAAGAAAAUGAAGAAUUGAUAUAUGCUAGAUUACUGGAAGAGGAGGCUCGUUUGGAAGAAGCACGUCUUCUACGUGAAGAACAGAUGGAACUAAGAAAGCAGCAAGAGCUUCAUCAUGGUUUUGUUGAUAAGGUUCAAUUGGAACGACAUGAACAAAUAAUGCGACGAUUGGAGCAACUUGCCGAAAAGGAAAGGGAAUAUCGUGAACAACUUGAACGAGAGGGGCGAAUAAGAAUGAAAUUUUACAUGACAACACCUCCCAAUGAGAGUUUUUCGUCGACUCCAAUCGAUAGUGAUAAAGACUUCGUGCCCUCGGCACAAUGUUCGGUGAUAAGAAAAUUUGUAAAGGUGUUCGCUGUUGCCGAUCCGAUAGAAUGGAUUCGAAACAAUUGUUCAAUCGUUAAAAUCUACUUCCCGGAAGAAAGUUGUGAACAUGUGGUAAAUUUAUUCAAAUCCUGCUUACAAUAG